AUGAGCUAGAUUAUCUAGAAAUUUGAAAAUGCACUAAAAUAAGUUGACAUGUACGGCUAAAGCAUACAGCUAAAUCUUAAUAAAAAGAACAAAUAUAAUACUGUAUUUGGUGGAAUUUUAAGUAUAUUUAUAUUCGAAUUAUUUUUAGUUGGCUGUUGGUUUUUUGGGAAAGAAUUAAUUUACAAAUAAAAUCCAUAAGUUAUAAGUUAAUAGAGAGUUGUAGACAAUCCCAGAAGGGUCGACAUAAAACCUGAUAACUUAAUUCUGAUGCUGGGAGUUUCCAAUGAUAAUUCUUAAUACUACUCUGAUCCAACCAUUUUUACUGUUAACGCAUAUUAACAAAUAUAGGUGAACUACGUAGAUCCAAAAACUGGUAAAUCUACAAUAUAAUUGAAAAAUUAAAAUAUUAAUAUGCGAUUAUGUAAUGAAAAUGAUAUUGGAAUACCAAGCACUGAAGACUACUUUAAGACGUUAAAUAUUCCUGCUUUAUAUUGUUUUGAUACAUCCUAACAGCCAGUUUAUUUUGAAGGAGAUUUCAAUCAAGAAUCAUUUUCUUAAAUUUACGUUUAUUUUGAGAAAUGCAAAAACUCUACAUCAAGCUCAGUAAUCUGUAAACCAAAAGAAGUCAUAGACAAUAAGCUAUUGCUAUCUAAAGUUGGUAUCUUUAUGUCAGAUUAAGUAGUAGAUCCUUUAAACUUCAAGAACCCUAUUUCUACUAGAGGUAUAGGUCUUUAUGCUACUACUACUUCUAAUUUUCCUUAAGAAAUAGGACUUUAUUAUACAAACUAAUAUAUCGACACUGAUGCAGGGAUAUUUUAUUCUGACUUACAGUAAGAUAGCACAUUUAUGUUCUCUUAUUAAACAGUAACUCCAUUUUUUAGUGACCCGAAUGCUCUCGCUCGAGUAUUAAUUAGAAUGUAAAAAUAGAAAGAAAAUUAUAUGAAGAGAAGCUACUUAAAAGUAGCUGAAGUAGUAGCUCAAAUUGGAGGUUUACUUAAAAUACUUAUCUUGCUAGGAUUUACUUUAACCAACCCAAUUUCAAAGCUCUACUACUUCAAAGCUAUUAUUGAUGAAAUCUACUAAUUCCAUAGCACUAAUAAUCAAGUCAGUCUUGUUCCAAAAGAUAAAUAGAAAUUUGAUUUAUCAAAAAAGGAAACAGCAGCACUUGAUAAAUCAUAAUUAGCAUAAAGUUAAGAUUAACAAAAAAAAUAAAUCAUUAAAAAUAAACUAAAAAAUAGAAAUUAUGCUCCUGACCUAGAUUAAACCAAAUCUCUUUCUCAAAAAUAGCCAUAAAAUUCCCCAUAAUAAACUGAUCAAUAAAAUUUAAAUUCCUUUAAUUUUAUUAAUGCUAAUCAAAAAAAUUAAAAUUCAUUUAAUGUUAUGAAUGCUUAGGUGGCAGCUAAAAAGUCCGAACCCGAAUCAAAUGGAGGCUUAAUUGACACCAUAGUUAACAAAACCAAAUCAUAUUUUUAAAGUACUCAUAAAAUUUUAAAAUACUCUUUUAUUCAAUAUUUGUCUUACGCUUUUACGCCUAAAUCAAAAAUUAGCUCAAGCUAAAAUAUUUUAUUUGAGCAAGGAAUAGAAUCAAUUUAAGAAAAUUUUGAUAUUCUUUAUAUUUUCAAUAAAUUAUUUGAGAUAGAUAAGAUGAAAUAAAUUUUGUUUAAUUCUGAUUAAUUAAAGUUAUUUGAGUAUAUGCCAAAACCUGUUAUUAGCGAAAAAUCAAUUCUGGGUUGUGAGGAAAGCGAAAUAUAAAAUUAUUAAAAUUUAUAAAGUGAUGAUGAAAAAAUUAAUAAACCAAAUUAAUAAAUAGCUAAAAACAAACCAGCAAGAAAAAAUAAAAAGUCUAUAACAAGGUCUAUAAAUAGAAAGAUCAAAUUAGAGAGUUAACUUUCAGAAGAAGCAAAAGAAGGACUGAAAAAUAUCUUGAAAUAAAAUAAAAUAUCUAAGAUAGAUGAAAAUCUAAUAAAAAUUAUUGAUCCUUGCAUAAUAACAGAAAUUAAAAAAUAAAAAUAAAAUUAUGUAAACAAUUAAGAUGAUAUUGACAGUACAUUUUAAAUGAUGAAAAGCAAUACAAAUCUAAUGCAAAAAUCUAUUGGUAGCUCUAAAAAGGCUCAAGAAUAAUUUUUAUCUAAAGAAAACAAAUAAAAAAGUAUUUAAAGUGGAUUUCAACUAUUUAAUUAAAUUAAGGAGCCAUUAAAUGACUAAAAUUUUAAAGAGAACGGUCUUGAUCAUUAAAAAAAUUAAAGCUAAAUAUGCGAACAUGAGUGCAAAAAAGAUAAUGAUGAUGAUGACGAUUAGACAGUAGAAGACAACUAAAUUUAUUUUGUUGACUAAGGUGAUGUUUCGUACUAAACAAACAUCCAAUCUCUCUAUUUAAGUGUUAUCAAGUAAUAAAUCGAUACCCCAACUAAAAAAAUUAAAAAGUAAAAAUGA